AUGUCGGUGGGGGAUGGCUUGGCGCGCCUAGAAGAGGUGCUCAGAGAGGUGCCUAUGGCGGAAGAGCUGCAGUCGAUGCAGCGCACUCUGCUUCCUAUCAAACGGUCCCUGGAUGCGGGAAAGAGGGUCUCGCGUGGCCUGCCCUUGUGGGUGGCGAUCAAAGUGAUCAAAGCCUCCUGGCACGCAGAUGGAUCAUGGCCGUUGAUCGGGUAUGACGAGGCAGCGCGACACCAUAUUUGUGAUCCUGAGCUAUGCAUUGUUCCUUCCAUGCACGUAUCGCAGCACAAGCAUGCAGACAUUAUACCCAAUGAAGCGUACGAACUCGGCAAGCGGCAACGCAAGAAUUUGCCAUGCACGCAAGCGCCGCCUGCGCCGUACAUGGUAGAGCCGGAUGCCGACACGAUUGCUCGAGCCUAUGCCGCACGCCACGCCGCUUCUCCCUUUUGA